GUGUCUAGUCGUUCCGUUUUGUCCAACCACUCCCGAUUAUUUUCCUUACAAAAACCCUAGAGUUGUUUUCAUUAUCUCAGCACUCGAAUUAUUUCUAUCUUUUGGUAUUAUUAUAAAUCCAAUAUAGCGUUAGUUUUUUUUCAUUUUUCGUUUUCUUUCUGAUACUAUACUUUUUAGGUUUAAUGGAUGAAGCUCGAUGUUGGAUGGUACCGGAUCGAGCUCCUAAAUAUGAUGAUGAAUCAUGGGAGGAGAAAGCUUUUGCUGAAGACGCGGCUGGGAUGUUUGGAGGAUGUGUAUGGCCUCCGCGAUCGUAUUCCUGCAGCUUCUGUAGGAGAGAAUUUAAGUCUGCACAAGCUUUAGGUGGUCAUAUGAAUGUUCAUAGGAGAGAUAGAGCCAGGCUCAAGCAGUUUUCAAGCUCACAACAUCAAGAUCGAAGAGUUGAUCCUCCUCGAAAUUCAUCCUACCCCAAUCAUCCUAAUAAUUCCGGUUUGUCUUUGGUUAGUCGCAAAAGUCCUUGCACUACAGAAGAAGAUAAUAUCAAGGAUGCGGCCAGCCCUAAUUUUACAUCUCAAUCAUCUGUUGUUUCAUUACAUCAGACUACAAUCAGUACUCCUAGAUCUCAGCUUGUUUCAUCUUUAGUAAUAAGCCAUGAAAAAAACAUAGCCUUCUGUCUUAACCAUGAUCAGAAAUUUACGGAUUUACCAUAUGUCAAAAGCAUAGACCAAGAAAAACCCGACCUAGCGUUUUUCUGUUGUAGCAGUAAUGAAAGAAGCAAGGAUUUAUCCAACAAGAUCAGCACGACCCAAGAGAAACCCAGUUCUUUUAUCCGCUUAAGUUACUCGGCAACAGUUGAAGAUAACAGCGAUGAACCAAAUCGAUCUAAGAAAAGGAAGAUCGAUAAAUUUUCGCCACCAGCCGUAAAUAAUUUAGAUAAGUUUGAAGAACAAGCGCCAAAGGUAUAUGCAUCUAAAUUUGAGUACUUAGAUCUAGAGCUUAGGCUAGGCGAUAGCCCUAAGGUUCAAUAGUAUGUGUAUUGAUAAAUUAUUAUAGCACUUAUGAAUGGGUUUUAUUUGUCUUCUAAUGUAAUUAGAAGAGAGUGUGAUUUUUGGUUGUAUUAAUUUGAUCAAUUGGGCAUAAGCCCUUUGUGAGUUUCAUGUAAUUAAGGUAACCAUUUUAUUACAUGGAAAUCGUGAUAUGAUAUCCAAAU